AUGCAUGUCGGGGUCGAGCUGGCAAGCCCCAUCGGGUCCUGCGACGGCUCGGUCGACGGCGUGUUCUACUUUGAGGCACGGGCCGAUCACGGCGCUAUCGUCCGCGCGCACCACGUCGAGCCGCUAAAGCGAGCCCGGCCGGCUUCGGCAGAUGUGGCUCGAAGCAAGGUGCGUGGAGCUCGGGCGAGUCGCAAGCCGCGGCCAGGUUCGGCCCAGAUGCGUGGAACCAUUGCCGACGCCAACUGCCAUGAGACGCAGACAGCAUUGAGGGAGGCCAAGGCGCGGCUCUCGCUUGGAGACAGGGUGCGAUCGCACGGCCUCGAUGGAGUCAUUCGCUACAUUGGUGUUCCACAGUUUGCCACAGACGAGCACCCGGUGUGGAUCGGGAUCGAGCUCGACAAGCCGGCCGAGCUGACUGCCGGAUACGCGCUCAAGCACAAAGGCUUCUUCUACUCGAUCGGGCGCAACGACGGGACAGUGAUGGGCGAAGAGUACUUUUGCACCGCCGAGCGGCACGCGCUGUUUGCGGCCCCAAGUGAAGUGCGCCGGCUCCUCCCUUCUGGUGAGAUCCUCCCGACGCUUGAGGACGCGGCUGCAACCGCGACGGCAUCCAACGAGGCCCACGUUGUCCGCUACCGCCGGCCGCCGGUCAAAGGCAAGACCAGGACUCGGCUGCGCCGUGAGCGCCUGAAGCGCAAGCUGGAAGCUGCGCAAGAGACCAAGGACAACAUUGAUGAUGCGUUCAUUCGGCUCAAGGCCAAAGAGCUGCAGGCACGUGCCAUGGCAAACGACGAGAACGUCCGCCUUCCCACCGACGUCACCGACCGCUCUCUGGCGGCGCGCAAGCGAAUGGAGCUGCAGUGCUAA